AUGGCGGUUUUAGAUCGUAUUCCCACGCUGAUUGCACUCCGGGAUCGGAACUAUGGGGGCGGAGACGUGAAAUGUUGUCUGUGUGAAGAUGGCGAUGAAACAGUUAAACACCUUCUUUGUUCGUGCAGGGUAGCGUCGACUGUCUGGUAUCACACCAGUCAAUGGUUCAAGGUGAGUCCUUUUAUUCUGUUUUCAGCUAAAGAUAUCGUAAUUGCCUCUGAGUUUUGCAAUCUGGAUAAAGAAGUGAAAGAAGCUUUAUAUGGCAUUAUGUUAGUGACAAGUUGGUGUAUAUGGUUAGCCGGGAACAAUAAAAGGUUCUUGGAGACUCAAGUUAACCCCGGAGAGAUUAUCCGAAAAAUACAUAGGAAACUGCCUCAUGGAUUCACAACAAAGGCAUAUUUGAUUAAUAGGUUGACAGAUGAAAAAUUAUCGGAAAAUGAUAGACGAAGAGGCGUUGAAAUAGGAGGAGUGUUGGAAGAUGCUUCGAAAAUGGAAAGAAGAGCAGAAGGUGUGAGGUUGUGA